AUGGGCUCGGUGGGAGCGGAGCGCCGCAGGCCUACACUGGCCCAGAUGCCAGAGGAGAGGGAUGUGUGGAGGGAUGGAGGAAGAGCUGGAUGGAGGGAUGGAGGGAGGGAAGGCUGGAGGGAGGGCAGAGAGAGCGGCGUGGUGCAGAGCUACAGCUUCGACUCGUACCAGCUGGAGGAGGAGGAGAUCACUAAAGACGCCCCGGAGCGAGGAGUGCUGGCGCUGUCCGAGCCCGACUUUGAGGAGCCAAUCCCUGACGACCGUUACCAUGGCAUCUACUUUGCAAUGCUAUUGGCUGGCGUGGGUUUCCUGCUUCCCUACAACAGUUUCAUCACUGAUGUGGACUACCUGCACCACAAGUUUGAAGGGACGUCCAUAGUGUUUGACAUGAGUCUGACGUACAUCAUGGUGGCUUUGCUGGCCGUCAUACUCAACAACGUGCUGGUGGAGAGACUCAGCUUGCACACUAGAAUCACUGUGGGUUACAUAUUUGCUCUGGGGCCGCUGGUCUUUGUCAGUGUGUUUGAUGUGUGGCUGGCCAAGUUCACCACCAGGCAGGCGUAUAUCAUCAACCUCGUAUCAGUGGGAGUGGUGGCCUUCGGAUGUACAGUGCAGCAGUCUAGUUUCUAUGGUUACAUGGGGAUGCUGCCCAAGAGGUACACACAGGGGGUGAUGACGGGAGAGAGUACAGCAGGUGUGAUCAUCUCCCUGUCACGCAUCUUCACCAAGCUUCUGAUCCCCGACGAGAGGAAGAACACGCUCAUCUUCUUCCUCGUCUCCAUCAGCAUGGAGAUGCUCUGCUUCCUGCUUCACCUGCUGGUCCGCCGCUCCCAAUUUGUCUGCUACUACACCAACCAGGCCCAAGGCAAAGGUCCGGUCAAAGGUCACGACCCGCGCGACAACGGGACUGGAUACCAAGUUCACCAUGAUGUCACGGCAGAGGAAGUAAGAUUUGGAAACGGUGGGACAGCACCGACCCCUUCAGAGGAAGUUGUUGAGGACUUUGAGGGUGGGACGUAUGUGCGAUUCGAUGCCCCGAAAGCUAAGAUAAGGAGGAGCUGGCCUGGUGUCCGCGACAUGAUCCUGCAUCGUUACGUGGUGUCCCGUGUGAUCUGGGCCUACAUGCUGUCCAUAGCAGUGACUUACAGCAUCACCUUGUGUCUGUUUCCCGGGCUGGAGUCAGAAAUACGAAACCACACCUUAGGAGAGUGGCUCCCAAUUCUCAUCAUGGCCACCUUCAACAUGUCGGACUUUGUUGGCAAGAUCCUUGCAGCGCUGCCAUACGACUGGUCCGGAGGACGCCUGCUCUUCUUCUCCUGCCUGAGGGUGGUCUUCAUCCCUCUGUUUGUCAUGUGCGUGUACCCGGCCAACGCGCCCACCCUGUCCCAUCCCGCCUGGCCCUGUCUCUUCUCCCUCCUCAUGGGAGUCACCAACGGCUACUUCGGGUCUGUGCCGAUGAUCCAGGCUGCAGGCAAAGUGCCACCCGAACAGAGGGAGUUGGCAGGGAACACCAUGACAGUCUCCUAUAUGACCGGCCUGAUGGUGGGCUCCGCCGUGGCAUAUGCAGCUUACAGCUUCGCUGCUUCAGGGCCAGGAACACACAUCUCCACACACAACAUGCAUACACUUGCCAACGCUACCGGGUACUGA